AUGGUGGUAGGUAUGGCUAAAUUGACCGGAUCAUUUGGAUUUACUUUAAGGCACUGCCUUGCCGCUACUAUGAUGGAAAUCCCUCUUUCAUCAAUGCCCCAUAGCAACGAGAAAUCUAUCACCUGCUCAACGCACAUGGCUCAAUUUUCAACAUGGAAGAAGACAGCUCUGUAUCUCACUUGUCUAGUCACGGCUCUAACAACCCUUCUUAUCAUUUUACUCUUCUUGUCUCUCUUUCACCCUGAGCAAAACGAAAUAUAUGCCAGCCGGAUAAGCCGAGACGAGGAUGCGUUGGGUUUAAGCAUCUUGUAUGAAGGAGACUGCAAAGAGACAGCGAAAAUAGAUUUAUGGCUCCAUUUAGUCAUCAAAAUUAUUGGUACCUCUAUUUUAGCAUCAUCCAACUUCUUCAUGCAAGGACUGGUAGCGCCUGUGCGAGCUGAAGUUGAUGCUGCCCACAGAUCAGGGCAUUGGCUUGAGAUUGGAGUCCCAUCCCUCCUAAACUUCCGUUUUCUCAGUCGACGCAAGAUAAUUUAUUGGUCGCUCUUCUGCCUCAGCUCGGUGCCGCUUCAACUUACUUUCAACGGUGCUGUCCUUGAAGCGAGGAGCACUAAUGCCGCUAUGGUUAUUCUGGGCGCCGAGGAGCUCGUCAAGGGCGACUGGUAUAUCCGAGACCCAAUCUAUUACAUGUCUAUGGAGAAUUACCGAAACAGCCAGCGGGAGCCAUAG